UUCCCAACAUAGGGCUAACUUUCUUGCAGCCCGUUCAGAUGACACUGACACACCUGAAGAUCAACUGCGGCAUACCAUUCGAAAGUAGUUCAAAUAUUUUCGACAAUAUAUAUUUGGGAAAUUUGAUUGAGCUUGACUUGAGCCAUAACACCUUUAGCGGGCCUCUAAGUAAACAAAUAUUCAGUGGAACUCCGAACGUGACUUACCUCUACUUAAAACACGGCUCAAUAACUGCGAUCGCAGAUGAUGCGUUUGAAGAUAUUGCCAAAAAUUUGCUUUUAGUUGACUUAAGGCACAAUUUAUUAACCAAUAUCAACGCCGAUAUACUCGCUAUCGGCAACAGGCGCAGAGUAUUCGAUAUUGAGCCCAACAACUGGCACUGCAAUUGUCAACUACGAUCACUUAUCCAAUUCUAUAAUGAAAACAGAAAUCUAUUUGCAAGUACCCCAUAUUGCCGGAUGCCGUUGAGCCUUUAUGGCAAAAGUUUUGAUGAACUUGACGCUGUGGAGCUCGGCUGCGAUGCACCAAUAAAAUCGCAAAGUAAUAUCCCUCUAACUGGAGAUGCAUUAAGGAAUAUUGCACUACAAGAUGUAACGCCAGACACGGAACACGAAGAGUUACACUCCGGUGAGGAUAAUGUAAAAAAUGUCAGCAUUUACGGUCCAAUAGUUCAGUUGAGUUGCUCGCAAGCAAUUUCAAUAACAAGCUCGGCUAAGUAUUCCGAUAAUCGCAGCAGACGAGAUGUAGAUGUUGAAAAGAAUCAAUAUUUUGUUUUUGAGCCUCCUACUUAUGAUCUCGACUUGGAACUAUUGCAAAAUUAUAGCGUACGCGCCUAUAUAGGUGGAUAUAUUAAAUCAGACAACUUGAAUAUUAUUUGGUUUACGGAAGAGUUGAACAGCUAUACGAGUUUCGCGACUUCAACCGAAAGGGACUACAAUUGCAUGAAGUAUGAUGAGCCCUAUUUGAUAACUGAUGCGCUGAAGGAAAAUCAUACCUACACAUUUUGUAUGAUGUCCAUAAAUGUUGUUGUUAUAUCGCCAUUAUUUUGCCAGCCCUUGCAUAUACCCAUAGCCCGACCCGAUAAUGAUACAGAUGACGUCUGGAUCGCUGAGAGCGAUAAACAGUUUACCAUCGGAAUGCUUUGUCUGAUAUUUUUCAUAUCAACAAUAUUUGGUGCCGUUUUUGCGUAUUUGGGCAUUAAGAACUUCCCACAUCUUUUAGAGGGUUCAAAAAAUGUCAUGGUCAUCAAGGAAUCGGAGAAGACAUGUUGCGUAUCCACCAUAGCUGAAUCACAAUAUAACAAACCUUCUUUUCACAAAGAUCAUAUGCACAAGAGUUCCUUUGGCAUGGCAGACAAACGGCCAUUAGAAGCAUCGACAAGCGUAAAGAUACCGAGCUCAUGUAGCCUUAGCUCCUCAUCGACUUAUUUCGAAGAAUCCUUUGCAAAUACCGAAGCUCAGCCCAUCGAGUACGAAAUGCCGAUACCAUUUAGCGAAACUCGUAAGCUUGGCACCUGCGUAGACACGCCCAGCUCUCCGCCACCUUUGCCUAAGCGCAACUCGAAGCUAUCGCUGUACGUGGACCAACAAUUCCUGAAAUGCGAAAAGGCAUGAACUAAUCAAAUUAAUCCAAACACUGUAAAAAAGCAAAUACUUACAAAAAUUUAUGUAUGAAAUAUAUAU